AUGGAUCCUCAAAUACGUAGGGGAGUGUCAUGUAUUCUGUACAGAUAUUCUGUAUCUGUAUUUGGUGGGUUCGUUCAAUUUCAAACAAAAUACGUAACCGAUGAAGCGAGCAUGCAAGAAAUGUUUUCAGUGUUUCUUGAAAGCCGGUCCCGAAUAUCAUUCAUCGAACUGUAUGUUGAGUUCGAGCAAUCUACAGCGGACCGAGAUAUUGAAUUGGAAGAUUACAACAGUGUAGACGAAGAUCAUGCUGACGAUGUUAUGGUGGCAGAUGUGGCGAAUGUGGCAAAUGCACUAGCAAACCAGCAACCGUUUGAGGAGCCGACUUUCAUGCGGUCAUUGGAUUUGGAGGCCAUGCAUGCACCGGAGUUUCCUCAAUAUGUAAAUGCAGCAGAGCUUCCCGUUAUGCCAGAUGGUAAAUUUACCGUGGGGAUGAAAUUCAAUUCUAGGGAGGCUGUAAUUAAGGCGAUGAAAGAUUAUACUAUCUAUAGAGGUGUAGAUUAUCGGGUGCAUGAGUCAGAACCGAUUAUAUUCUAUGCUAAAUGCACUCAGUAUGGUGUAGGAUGUGAUUGGCUGAUCAGGGUGAGUAAAAUGUCCCGAAAGUACUGCUGGGAGAUAAGGAGGUACAAUGGUAGUCAAACCUGUACUAGGGCCACCAUUUCUCAAGAUCAUUCGAAGCUGGAUUCCAACACAAUUGCAGAAGUAAUAAAGCCAUUGGUAGAAGUUGACCCGUCUAUAAAGGUAAAAUCAGUGAUUGCGGAAGUACAGUCAAAGUUUAACUACACCAUAAGUUAUCGCAAAGCAUGGUUGGCAAAACAGAAGGCAGUGGAGUCAAUUUUCGAAGGUUGGAAAGCUUCGUACGAAGCCUUACCGAUAUGGUUUGAGGCCAUGUAUCACAAGGAGCCAUCCGCAGUCGUUCAUUUUGAAACAAUACCUGUGUAUCAGGGAGAUGACUUGGUUUCUAAUAUUCGUGUACUGCACCGAGUCUUCUGGACUUAUUACCCUUGUAUUAGAGCAUUCAGACAUUGCAAGCCAUUAGUGCAGGUAGACGGAACUCAUUUGUAUGGAAAAUACAAGGGUUGUUUGUUGGUUGUAGUUUCACAAGAUGGCAACAACAACAUCGUGCCUAUUGCAUUUCAUGUUGUGACACGUGAUGGUGUGGGCCUUAUCUUCGAUCGACAUGAUUCCAUUAGGUCAGCUAUUGCUCGUAGUAACGAAGCUUGGUCUCCUCCCAGAGCAUUCCACAUGUUUUGCAUCAGACAUAUAGAGUCCAACUUUUUGAUAAAGUUCAAGGCUCCGUAUCUGCAGAAGUUUAUCGUCAACAUCGGUUUGGUGAUGAAUGGAAUGGAGAUUUUGAAUGAAAAUAAGGUUUAA